AUGUCCAAAGCUGUCGGUAUUGAUUUAGGUACAACAUACUCCUGUGUGGCUCAUUUUGCCAAUGAUAGAGUUGAAAUUAUUGCCAAUGAUCAAGGUAACAGAACUACCCCUUCUUUUGUUGCCUUCACUGAUACUGAAAGAUUAAUUGGUGAUGCUGCUAAGAAUCAAGCUGCUAUGAACCCUUCAAACACUGUUUUUGAUGCUAAACGUUUGAUUGGUAGAAAAUUCAAUGAUCCUGAAGUUCAAACAGAUAUUAAACACUUCCCAUUCAAAGUCAUUGACAAAGGUGGUAAACCAAACGUUGAAGUUGAAUACAAAGGUGAAACCAAAGUCUUUACCCCAGAAGAAAUUUCAUCAAUGGUUUUAGGUAAAAUGAAGGAAAUUGCUGAAGGUUUCUUGGGUACUACUGUCAAGGAUGCUGUUGUCACUGUCCCAGCCUACUUUAAUGAUUCACAAAGACAAGCUACCAAAGAUGCUGGUUUAAUUGCUGGUUUGAAUGUUUUGAGAAUUAUCAAUGAACCAACUGCUGCUGCCAUUGCUUACGGUUUAGAUAAAAAAGGAAGCAAAGGUGAACACAACGUCUUGAUCUUUGAUUUGGGUGGUGGUACUUUUGAUGUCUCCUUAUUGGCUAUUGAUGAAGGUAUUUUUGAAGUCAAAGCUACUGCUGGUGAUACUCACUUGGGUGGUGAAGAUUUCGAUAACAGAUUGGUUAACUUUUUCAUCCAAGAAUUCAAGAGAAAGAACAAGAAGGAUAUCUCUACCAACCAAAGAGCUUUGAGAAGAUUGAGAACUGCUUGUGAAAGAGCUAAGAGAACCUUGUCUUCUUCUGCUCAAACUUCUAUUGAAAUUGAUUCCUUGUACGAAGGUAUUGACUUCUACACUUCUAUUACCAGAGCUAGAUUCGAAGAAUUGUGUGCUGACUUGUUCAGAUCUACUUUGGAACCAGUUGAAAAGGUUUUGAAAGAUGCCAAGAUUGACAAAUCCCAAGUUGAAGAAAUUGUGUUGGUUGGUGGUUCCACUAGAAUUCCAAAGGUCCAAAAAUUGGUUUCUGACUUCUUCAAUGGUAAAGAAUUGAACAAAUCCAUUAACCCAGAUGAAGCUGUUGCUUACGGUGCUGCUGUUCAAGCUGCCAUCUUGACUGGUGACACUUCUUCCAAGACCCAAGAUAUCUUGUUAUUGGAUGUUGCUCCAUUAUCCUUAGGUAUUGAAACUGCUGGUGGUAUCAUGACUAAAUUGAUUCCAAGAAACUCCACCAUUCCAACCAAGAAAUCCGAAACCUUCUCCACUUAUGCUGAUAACCAACCAGGUGUCUUGAUUCAAGUCUUUGAAGGUGAAAGAGCCAAGACCAAGGAUAACAACUUAUUAGGUAAAUUCGAAUUAUCUGGUAUUCCACCAGCUCCAAGAGGUGUUCCACAAAUCGAAGUUACUUUUGAUAUUGAUGCUAAUGGUAUUUUGAAUGUUUCUGCAUUAGAAAAGGGUACUGGUAAGACUCAAAAGAUUACUAUCACUAACGAUAAAGGUAGAUUAUCCAAAGAAGAAAUCGAAAAGAUGGUUAGUGAAGCUGAAAAAUUCAAGGAAGAAGAUGAAAAGGAAGCUUCUAGAGUUCAAGCCAAGAACCAAUUGGAAUCUUACGCUUAUUCAUUGAAGAACACUAUUGGUGAAGGUGAAUUGAAAGAUAAGAUUAGUGCUGAUGAUAAAGAGAAAUUAACCAAGACCAUUGAUGAAACCAUCUCCUGGUUGGAUGCUUCUCAAGCUGCUUCUACUGAAGAAUAUGAAGAUAAACGUAAAGAAUUGGAAUCCGUUGCUAAUCCAAUUAUUAGUAGUGCUUAUGGUGCAGCAGGCGGUGCUCCAGGUGGUGCUGCUGGUGGUUUCCCAGGUGGUGCUCCAGGUGGCGGUGCUGCACCAGGCGGUGGUGACUCUGGUCCAACAGUUGAAGAAGUCGAUUAA